AUGGCGCUGCCUAGCGGUGAUACGAGCGGCUCUCGUAAGUCGGCCGCCGGGCCUGCAGCGGCCGUACGAGUAACGCUCCUAAAUGUUGCCUCCAAUGACAUGGCCGAGGCACUGAUGAUUUCCAUGUAUUUGGUGGGUCGAGUUCAGCCUUAUGGAGCGGUGGGGAGGCAGAUAAGGUCGACGGAAGGAGUUUCUGAAAUGUAUUCCUACGUCAACAAUGCAGAUGGCUUGGUAGAUGUGGCUGGUUCAAAUAUCACCUCCUAUGUUAACAUCUCAAAAAGUCUGGCCAAUACAUUCGAUGAAAACCACGACUUAAUGCUUCAGUUUGCACCUAUAAAGAAAAAUCUCUUUUGGUGGGCGCAAAACAACAUCAACACCGAAAUCAUCAUGGUCGGGCUGGCAGAAAGGCUGUACAGACCUGGUUAUUACUAUGUCCCAAAAGUGGAAGCCCCUGUCCAAAUCUUCAUGAAGGUGAAGAAGAUGGAAAAGACUACAGUUAGAGGAGUGGCUACCCAACUUGACCCAACGCUAGAUAAUGACACACUGGACAAGAUAGUUCUAGUGCACCGCUUCAUUCUGCCACCACUGAGCAAACUAUUUAUAACCUUCAAGUUUGACGGGAACAGUUCAACUUCGCCUUUGAGGGUAUUGAUUAAUUUUAACGAGCGACCUAACUGGGAGGCCUUGUCUGGAGCUAAUGUUGUUUCACAACAAAACCCAGACGUGGUUAUCCCAUAUGACAUUGUUGAAAGAGAACACUUCUACUUCAUGGGAAUCCUUCCAGAUAAAAGUUUAACAUUUUGUGUGAAUGUUGAAGAGGUGUUUUAG